UCUGACCACCCACAAGAAGAGUAGAAGCAAACAGCCAGCAACUAUCUACUACUUGUAACGAAGUGCAGCAAACGAAUUACUUACAUGGCUAGUUCCAUGGGUAGCUUGCUGGUACUCUGCCUUGCCUGUCCACUCCUCCUUGCAGGCACCGUUCGUGCCAACCCAUGGUAUAGCUUGUUCCCACAGUUCUACGACCACUCGUGCCCGAAGGCCAAGGAAAUUGUGCAGUCCAUCGUGGCACAGGCUGUUGCCCAAGAGACCAGGAUGGCAGCAUCCUUGGUCAGGCUGCAUUUCCAUGACUGCUUUGUCAAGGGGUGUGAUGCAUCCGUGCUACUGGACAACAGCAGCAGCAUAGUCAGUGAGAAGGGGUCCAACCCCAAUCUGAACUCCCUCCGGGGAUUCGAGGUCGUCGACCAGAUCAAGGUCGCCCUUGAGACAGCUUGCCCCAGCACGGUCUCCUGUGCCGACAUCCUCGCCCUCGCCGCCCGCGACUCCACUGUCCUCGUUGGUGGCCCUUACUGGGAUGUGCCGCUCGGCCGGAGGGACUCUCUGGGCGCAAGCAUCCAGGGCUCCAACAAUGACAUCCCUGCCCCCAACAACACCCUACCCACCAUCAUCACCAAGUUCAAGCGUCUCGGCCUCAAUAUCGUCGAUGUUGUCGCCCUCUCAGGUGGCCACACCAUUGGCUUGUCCCGCUGCACCAGCUUCCGGCAGAGGCUGUACAACCAGUCAGGUAACGGCCUAGCCGACAGCACACUGGAUGUGUCCUACGCUGCGCAGCUGAGACAAGGGUGCCCACGCUCCGGUGGCGACAACAACCUCUUCCCGCUCGACGUUGUCACCUCGACCAAGUUCGAUAACUUCUAUUUCAAGAACAUCCUAGCCGGCAGGGGCCUUCUCAGCUCCGAUGAGAUCCUACUCACCAAGAGCGCCGAAACGGCGGCGCUCGUCAAGGCAUAUGCAGACGACGUGCACCUCUUCUUCCAGCACUUUGCACAGUCGAUGGUGAACAUGGGCAACAUCAUGCCGCUGACCGGGUCACAGGGGGAGAUCAGGAAGAACUGCAGGAGGCUCAACAACUAUCACUGAGUUACUGAAUGUGCUGUCUGUGCUAAAUUGUGUGUGGAGUUGGCGCCAAGUUUUAUCUGAAUAAGCAAGUGUGGUUGUAAUUUCCAAUUUUCCUUGAUCAUUUAUGUUGUGUAAACUGCAUUGAGAAAUGUUUAUGUACUAGAAAUUCAUAUAAGAUGAGUCCACCUGGUUUCUUUAGAAGUUGUUGUUUUACAUAACUUCCUUUGAAAACAAUCGGCUCUAUCUUAUAAUUAUACAUGUUUGAUUAGUGUGUUA